AUGGACCUAUUUUUAAAAAACAAUACAUUAUUUUCAGACUCUACAAGUAAUACAACGAUUUUUGGUAGUGAAACAACAAAUCGUUAUGAGCUUCAAGAUAAUGCUUUAGUUGUCUCAUUAUUAAUCAAUACAGGUCUUUCUCUUUUAAUACUUUUAGCAUUUUGUAUUUUAAGAAAAAGGUUUAAACUAUUUUAUCAGUAUAGAGCUGAAAAACGUCAAAAUGGUAUCAUAAGAGCACCUGGUACUGGUUUCAUUUCUUGGAUAAAAGAUACUUAUAAAUAUAACUCUGAAAAUAUUAUUGAAAUUUCUGGUUUAGAUAGUUAUUUUUAUUUAAGAAAUGUAAAAACAAAUUUUAAAAUAUUAUUAACAUUGAUGAUAAUUGGAUGGGUAAUGUUAUUUCCAACAAAUUCAAAAGGUAGAUAUAAUGAAAAUAGAAAAGUUCAACAAGAUGGUACAUUACCAGAUCAAGUGAUUGGAUUAUCAACAUUGUCAAUGGGUAAUAUUGAAAGAGGUUCAAAUUUAUUAUGGGUUCAUUUUCUAUUUGUAUUUAUCGUUACUUUGGUUGUAAUGAUAUUUACAUUUAUUGAUUAUAAAGAUUAUGCUGAUAAGAGAAUUCAAUAUAGAAAAUCAAAAAGAUUAUUGAACUAUACAAUUCUCUUAAGAGAUAUACCUGUAAAUUUAUUUUCAAAACAAUGUUUAAAAGAAUAUUUUCAACAAUUUUUAAUUAAUAAUAAUAAUAAUAAUAAUAAUAAUAAUAAUAAUAAUAAUAAUAAUAAUAAUAAUAAUUUAAAUUCAUCUUCACCAUCUUCAUCAUCAUCUUUGUCAGCUUCUUCUUCAUCUUCUUCAAAAUCAAUGUUAAAUAAUUCAAUAAUUGAUAUAUCAUUACAAUAUCCAAUACCAAAUAUACAUUCAUUAAUUGAUGAAAGGGAGUAUUAUGUAAAGAGAUAUGAUUCGGUGGUGGCAGAGUAUAAUAAGAGUAGAGUUAGACCAAGUAGGAAAUCUGGUUUGUUUGGAUUGUAUGGUAAAAGGAUUGAUUCUAUAGAUUAUUAUAAUGGUAAAAUUAAUGAUAUUGAAGUUGAUAUUCAAGAUACUAAGACAAAGGCAGAGAGAGAUUAUCAAGAUUUGAUGAAUAAGGAGAAAUUACGUCAAGAAUCUGGUGAUGAUGAUGAUCAUUCAAUUAAUAUUUCAUCAGAAGUUAUAAAUAGUUUGAAAUCUGCUGGUAAUGGUUUUAUAAUUUUUAAAGAGAGGAAUAGUCAGAAGGAAUUGGUUCAAACUAUAAUUGAAAAACGUGAUAAUAUUUUAUUGAAGCGUUAUUAUGCACCUGAUCCGAAUGAUGUAUAUUGGCCAAAUAUUCAUAUUGGUGGUAAACAAUUGUAUAUUAGAGGGUUGAUAAUCAUGGUUUUGACAUUUUUGUUGAUUUUCUUUUAUACCAUUCCAAUUACGUUCAUCUCUGGGUUUAGUAAUCUUGGCACGUUGGCAAAGAUUAAAGCGUUUUCUUGGCUGUUUACAUUGAUUAAUAAGUCACCAACGUUGACUAGUUUCCUCACUGGUUUUCUUCCAGGUUUGGCAUUGAUGAUAUUCUUGGCGUUGCUAGUACCGAUAUUGACAAUGUUUUCAAGGUUCAGCGGAUACUAUUCGAAAAGUGCCAUUGAGGCAUCGAUAUUUUCAAAGUAUUUCCUUUUCUUGGUUUUCAAUGUUUUCUUGGUUUCUGCUAUUGCCGGCACGAUAUUUCAAUCAAUUAGUGCAAUCAUUGAUAAUCCACCAUCGAUUACUACCACAUUGGCAAAUUCGUUGGGAGGUUUGUCAUAUGCUAUGAUCAAUUAUGUACUAUUGGCUGCAACUAGUUUAACUAUGAAUCUAUUGAGAAUUAGUGAUUUAUUAGUGGACCAAUUCAAAUUGAAAUUCAUUUGUAAAACAAAGAGAGAUAUCGAAGAUACUGAAUCGACGGAUCCUUUCAAAUAUGGCCAAUUGUAUGCUUAUAAUCUAUUGGUACUUCAAUUAUGUUUUGCUUAUUCAACAUUGUCGCCUUUUAUAUUGGUUUUUGGUGUUUGGUAUUUUGGUGUAUCCUAUUUGGUUCACAAGUAUAAUAUCAUUUGGGUUAAUAAACCUCACAUAACUCAAUUACUUUAUCCAAUGUCUUUUAGACGUACAAUGAUUGCUCUAUUAAUUUAUCAUCUAUUAAUGAUUGGUACUUUCAAUGUCUACAGUUUCUAUUAUGGUUCUCUUAUUUUAAUUCCAUUCUUUUUAACAAUUUUAUUUUGGGUUUAUUGUGAAUACACCUUUUAUUCAGUUUCAAAGAAUGGUUUAUUAGAUCAUUAUCAAUCCUCAAAAUCAUCUAAUCAAAAAUCUCAAUUAAAUUCAAUUAAUAAUAAUAAUAAUAAUAAUAAGAGUAAUUUAAAUGAAAAAAGUAGUUUAUUACAAUCAAAAGAAAGGAAUAAUUAUAUUGAUAUCGAAGAUAGUAAUCAUUUUAAUGAUACUUGUUAUUCAAUUGAUGAAUAUGAUGAAAAUUUAUAUAAACCAGUUUAUUAUAGAAGUUUAAUGGAACCAGAAGAAUCAAUCAUAGAUAGUCCACCAAUUAUUUCUCAUUCAAAACCACCAGAAAUUUUAAAUCAAUAA